AUGUUGCAAGGAGAAGAAGAGAGAGAGAGACGAGAGAGAGGAGAGAGAGAAGAGAGAGUGUUGAGAAAGAUAUUUUUGAAAUACGGGUUACAAGGAAGGACAGUGAUUCAACAAGUACCGGUACGAGACUGCGUUAAAUUUUUCCCGCUCGUUUCGCGACACGCCGCAACUGCACCCGAAGCGCCCAUUGGCCCAAAGCCCACGUGCCCUCACCGCGGCGCGGAGCGCACGCACGCGGCGCCAGUUGCCGCUCUCGGCGGCGAAGUGCAGCGCCGUUUGCCGCCCGCGUGCGCGCGUGCACGUCGGCGCCUUUCCACCAGCAGCGCCACGCAGGCGCCCGCUGUCAGUCGUGUGGUAGGCGGCCAGCUGCAGCGGCCGUUGAAGCCCAGCUCCGUCUUGCGAAGGCACGUUGCGCCGCGCUUCACCAGCAGGUGCAGCACGCCCCGGGCUUGUAUCAUGAAUGAAAUCAAGGCGCCCUACAAUGAGCUGAAUAGAGAUUAUAACGAGGGCAAGAAACUUGUGAAGCCACGUGCAAUGCGAAAUCACCGAAGGAAUCAUGGGGCACAAUGCAACAAAUCAAUCUUCAUAUUUAUUGCUCGUACUGCCCCGAACACUGGUACUUUUCCAGAAGGAAUGACUCAUCCGGAGUAG